AUGCCGCCGAACAACAAGAAAAAGAAGAAGCCCGCCUCCAAUCCGGCUCGAGGCUUUGCGACUGUUUCUAUGCCAUCAAAGCCCAAGCCAGAGACAACACAGACCACAUCUCCGGCCACCGGGGAGUCAAAGGCCACACCAGAAAGCGAGCCGCAACCUACAGGCGCUGAGGACCGCACCGCAAACGCCAGCGCACCACCAGCAACGUCAUCCUUGCAAAACUACACACCAGAGGAACUAGAAAAGCACCUGGAAGAAGCUGAACUUCAGAUUUUGGUUGAUAAAUAUGCCAGCAAGUGCAGAAAUGACGCUACACGACAGGCCGCAAAGCUGGAGAAUGAGCGCCGUGUGUUCCGACAGCAAUCAGUCACACUGAGCCUGCUUGAGUGGCUACCAACAGAAAUUCAAGACACAAUUUUUGAUCUGUACGGUACUGAGGAGCACGAAUAUCUCGCAGCGAGUGGAAAAACCAGUGCAAAACAGGCUGGCUCUGAAGAGGAGGUCUAUAACAAGCUUUGGACAUUGAAGGAGACAUUACUUAAACUCAAUUUCCCGGAAAAUCGUGUGGAGGAUGCGCUGAAGCAUGUACUGCAAUACUUUGCUGGCAACACAACCAGUGCCGGACGAGAUGUCGUAUGGAACCUGGAUGAGGCGCUGGAGUGGCUCGCGACGCACAGCGAUAAGAAGGAGCUUCCUUCAUAUACGCAGACAAAUGCUCGCCCUCUGAAGGACGCAGAUGCCGUAACUUCAUGGAUGACCGAUUCGAAACCUUCUGGAACUUCAACCCCUACUGCGUCACAAAGCAAGGGCAACAAGAAAGCAGACUGGAAGGCCGCAAAGGUCGCCCAGCCUGUCUCAUACGACUCCGACAGCUCGGUCGACCCAGACGACAUGAUUCCGGAGUGGCUAGACCUCCAAACUCGAUUAUAUAGCCUCGAACCAGAUCUGUUCGAUCGUCCUGGAAAGGGCAAGAAAGGACGAACUGCUAACAUGUCGGAUGACCCGGAAUCUGCCAAAAUCCAACGAAAGAUUGCCAAGAUUGAACGUGAUGUCCUUUUCGAGCGCCGAGAAGCAGAGUACAUGUGGGAACAAAAGUUGGAUGAACUCAGAAAGGACGCCACGUUCAUGCGGCGUCCAGUGGACAGAAAGAAAAAGAGUGCGCCGGCCGACGAAGAAGCCCAACCAAAGCCAGAUAUUUCUGAAGAGAUCGAUCCGUCCCUUCUUGAGAUUGAAGGAAUGGAGGAGGCUCUUGGUGGUAUGUUUGAGGCUGAUACUGAAGAACCGGGAUCUAUUCUGGGUCUUCCUACUCCAGAAGCGCAGGCUUCGUUCACGCUCCGUGAUUUUGGCAAAUCGACUGGUCUCAGUCCCCGUCGGGUAUUAGAGGAAACCUGCAAGUCAAGAGAUUCUUCCGCCACCGUCGUCUAUCAAGACCUGUCCUCGUCGAGUCAUUCCAACAGAAAAGCUAUUGAGGUGCGGUGGUCGAAGCCUCAAGAAGUCCCAUUCGCACUAGCUGUGGAAUCUGUUACGCAUAAAUCUAAUGCACUGGCGACUUUUGUCUCAAUGGAUGCCAUUGUCACCCCCGAUGCGCAGCAGGCUGAGAACUAUGUGUCGACUUUGGCUUUGUUCAUCUUGUUCCCUCAAAAUUCCAAGGAGGGCAAAUCAUAUUUGCGUCUCCCAACGGCUUGGAGAGAUUUGUGGACUGAUUUUGCCACUCUGCAAAAGUCUCAGCAAGAUGAGAUCGACAAAUCCACGCUUAAGAACUUGAAGCUCUUGAUCCAGGAAAACCCAAGUACAUUCGAAGACGACGUGGUGCUCUCAGACAAUUUCCGCAAGCGCAACGGCAACGGAAGUAAGCCAGGCACUCCACUGAAGGGCUCUGGUCGCGAUAACUACUUUGGCAUCAAUGAUCAUUUGAAGGAAGCUUGGAUUGCGAAGUCAUCGACGCCCUCAUAUCACCGCAUGGCGCAAGGCAGGAUGAAUCUUCCAAUUUGGGGUUUCAAAGAUGAGAUUUUGCAUACGCUUGAUGAUCACCGCGUCCUCAUCAUCUGCAGUGAAACGGGUAGCGGAAAGAGUACUCAGAUUCCUUCAUUCAUCCUUGAGCAUGAAAUGACUCAAGGCCGACCCUGCAAGAUCUAUGUUACCGAACCGCGUCGAAUUUCCGCGAUCUCACUCGCUCGACGUGUCAGCGAAGAGCUUGGAGAGAGCAAGAAUGAUGUUGGCACCAACCGAUCAUUGAUUGGUUUUGCAGUGAGGUUGGAGAGUAAAUUCACACAGUCCACACCGUUGAUCUAUGCAACCACGGGAGUGGUGGUGCGAAUGCUGGAGCGCCCAGAGGACUUCCAAGAUAUUACUCAUGUUGUUCUUGAUGAGGUUCACGAGCGCACGAUCGACAGUGACUUCUUGCUGAUCGUACUUCGACGACUCAUGCAAAAGCGGCCUGACCUGAAGCUCAUUCUCAUGUCAGCCACUGUGGAUGCGCAGAGAUUCUCGACGUAUCUUGGUGGUGUGCCGAUUCUCAACAUCCCGGGACGAACCUUCCCCGUUGAGAUGAAGUAUUUGGAAGAUGCGGUUGAAAUGACGAAUUAUCGUCUGUCCGAAGACGACCAACACACAGCCUUGGACGAUGAUAUGGAGGAUCGACCGGAUGCCGACAAUUCAGGCGGUCUCCAAGCCAGUCUCGAUGGGUACUCCCGUCAGACCAAAGAGACUAUCAUCAACAUCGACGAGUACAGGUUGGAUUACGAAUUAAUCAAGAGACUGUUGAUCAAGAUCGCGACGGCGCCGGAAAUGACCCACUACAGCAAGGCGAUAUUGGUGUUCAUGCCUGGACUCGCAGAGAUCCGUCGCCUGAACGAUGAGAUUCUCGCGGAGCCAAUGUUCCAACGGAACUGGAUUGUACAUGCACUUCACUCCUCGAUCGCGAGCGAUGAACAAGAAAAGGCGUUCAACGUACCCCCGGAAGGCACAAGGAAGAUUGUCAUUGCAACCAAUAUUGCAGAAACAGGUAUCACCAUUCCCGAUAUCACAGCUGUGGUCGAUGCUGGUAAAGAGAAGAUGAUGCGCUUUGACGAGAGACGUCAACUAUCCCGACUCGUCGAGUCGUUUAUCUCGCGCGCGAACGCCAAGCAGCGCCGUGGUCGUGCCGGUCGUGUCCAGAAUGGCAUCUGCUUCCAUUUGUUCACUCGGCACCGACAUGAAAAACUUCUCGCAGAGCAGCAAACCCCUGAGCUCCUUCGUCUUUCCUUGCAAGACCUCGUACUCCGAGUGAAGAUCUGCAAACUCGGCGAAGUAGAGCAAACACUCCUCGAGGCUCUUGAUCCACCUUCAUCCAAGAAUAUUCGUCGAGCGAUCGAUUCACUCAAGGAAGUCAAGGCCCUUACCAGCAAUGAGAGCUUGACUUCCCUUGGAACGCAAUUGGCAAAACUUCCGCUAGACGUUUUCCUAGGCAAGAUGAUCAUUAACGGCGCCUUCUUCCGCUGCCUGGAUGCGACCGUUAGUAUUGCUGCUAUUCUGUCAUCGAAAUCGCCAUUUGUCAACGCUAUUGGAUCAAACUCACAGCGUGAUGGAGCACGGUUAACAUUCCAAAGAGGCGACUCGGAUCUCUUGACUGUUUACAAUGCCUACUGUAGCUGGAGGCGCAUUCGAAGCACCCCAGGGUCCAACGAGUUCGCCUUCUGUCGAAAGAACUUCCUGAGCCCCCAAACACUUCAGGGCAUCGAGGAUGUCAAAAUGCAGCUUGUAGUUUCAAUCGCCGACGCGGGUCUGUUAACUCUCGAUGCUGCCCAGAAAGUGGCGCUGAAUCGUGCUCGCUCCAGUAGUCGAAACCGUCAAUUCUUCAUCAUCCCCGAGGACUUCGACAUCAACAGCAACAACGACGUUGUGAUCAACUCCGUCAUCGCCUGGAGUUUCUACCCCAAACUCCUCACGCGCGAAGGCAAAGGCUGGCGCAACGUCGGCAACAACCAAACAGUCACAUUGCAUCCCACAUCCGUGAACAAGCGAGCAGACUCUUCCGUAAAGUGGCUAUCUUACUACCACAUCAUGCAAGCACGGAAUCGCAACUUGAACGCCCACGAUACCAGCGCAGUCGACGACUUCGCCAUUGCACUCUUGUGUGGUGAUGCCGAGUUCAAGAUGUACUCUGGUGUUAUUUCCAUUGAUGCAAAUCGUGUCCGCUUCGCUGUGCGGGACUGGAAAUCCAUGUUGGCUUUGAAAAUUCUUCACACUCGUUUGCGCGAAAUUCUUUCGAAUACGUUCCGCAACCCGCAUCGUCCUUUGUCCUAUAAGCAGCAGCAGUGGGUUGAUAUCUGGCAACAGAUCUUUACUCAGGCUGGCAAACGAUGA